AUGAACCUAGGGCGUGACCCGUCGAGUCACCAGGAUGACUCAAGCCUCGGCCCAUCCAUUCCUUCACACCCGCUCGGCAUCAAACCCCUGGGCAACAAGUACUUCGCCGCCGGCGUAGACGCACGCAAAUCCAUCGGCUCCUUGCAGGUUUUGCCUGACGAGAUGCUCAUGCAGCUUCUCGAAUACAUGGAUAGACGGACCCUGAAGCUGUUAGGCUACACGUGCAAGUUCCUGUUCGCCUGCUGCAUGGCUGAUGAUGUUUGGAAGACGAUUUUCUUGCAGUCAGACCUCGGCAACAAGUCCUCCUUCGAGUGGCGCGGAUCGUGGAGAGCGACGGUUCUCGGCUUGUCCCAUGAACAGAGGGCUCGAGUGGAUUGCAGCAAUGUCUUCUCUGAUGUGUUACACCGGCCCUUUGUCUGCAGUCAUAUCACUCUCAGCCAGUACACCAAGAACAUCCCGGCAGCCAACGAGAUUGAUCGCUUUGAAGAUCUCUCUUACGAGGACUUCGCGGGGAAGUGGAGCAAGAAGCCGUUCAUUCUCACAAAGUGCAUCCAGGAUUGGCCGGUUACCAAGUCAUGGACCUUGAAGAGCUUGCUGUCUGAGUAUGGACGCGUCGUCUUCCGAGCAGAGGCGGUGGAUUGGACAUUUACAUCCUACCUGCAAUACAUGUGCGACAAUCAGGACGAGAGCCCCCUCUACUUGUUUGAUCGGAAAUUUGCCGAGAAGAUGUCACUACAGAUUGGCAAGGGGGAAGGGACGGCAUAUUGGAAGCCAGACUGCUUCGGGCCUGACCUAUUUGAGCUCCUUGGAGCUGAACGGCCGGCACACCGGUGGCUCAUCAUUGGGCCUGAGCGCAGCGGUUCUACCUUCCACAAAGACCCCAAUGCGACGAGCGCCUGGAACGCCGUCAUACAGGGCGCCAAGUAUUGGAUCAUGUUCCCUCCGACCGCCUCGGUUCCUGGAGUUCUCGUUUCCAAGGAUAGCAGCGAGGUUACCAGCCCGCUCAGCAUCGCGGAAUGGCUGCUGGAGUUUCACGCUGAGGCUCGCAAGCUGCCGGAGUGCAGGGAAGGCAUCUGCAUGGCGGGCGAAAUUCUCCACGUCCCAAGUUGCUGGUGGCAUCUCGUGGUGAACCUGGAGGACGGUAUCGCCUUGACAGAGAAUUUUGUGCCCCAGUCUCAACUCGGUAGUGUCCUGUCCUUCUUGAAGGACAAAUCAGACCAGGUGUCCGGAUUUGAGAGGGACAUUACCGACCCAUACCGUCUCUUCGUGGAGCGCUUAAGAGAGGAGCGGCCUGGGCUGCUCGCGGAGGGGCUUAGGCAGUUGGCGGAGAAGAAGAGACGAUGGGACGCGGUAGUGGGCGAUGACGAUAGCCGGGGGGAACAGCGGCAGAAGAAGAGCACCGGGUUCAGCUUUGGGUUCGCAUUUGGGGACGCAGAGGAAGACGAGAUAUUCUGA